GCUCCCUCUAUCUGUCCCUAUUAGUCCAUUACACUAAUUCGUCAGUCGUGCAGUGCUGAAUCCUGGUCUCGGCAGAUGUUGCGCAGGGUUGGGUCCGGCUCAUGGCUAUUUAAUUGCUUCCUUCCCCGUGUAACUUGUUUCCCUCCAUCUGUGGUGUAACUCAUAAUCCAUUUUUACAUGUUGGAUAAUUAUCGCAGUGUCCAUUUCCACCCCCACAAACUUCUAGUUGUUGUCGUUUUAUUACAUUGGAGGAUUCACAGACCGUGAAUCAGAAAGUUUAAAAGGGAAGUGUGUGUGGAGGUUUCCGCGAUAAAGUUAGGCGUUAGUGCAGGCCUACAGAUUUACUGCUAGCUCCGUUUGAUUGGAUUCUAUAUCUGCUUAUGACUUUUUGGAAGUUGUGGGUCCAUCCAUGGAAAAAAGUUGCAGUCGUUGUUGUGCUGAGCUCUGCGCUCCACAUGUUGGCACAGUGUAUGGCUUUAGGGAAGGCUGUAAAGUGUCAAGUAAACACAACAUGGGAACAAACAUUUGAAAAGGAAUUCCGUUUUGUGUCAGCCUCGUUGUUUUGUGUUUGGGGUUGAAAAGUUCAAAUUACCUUUUAAAAGUCACUCUCGCUUUGUGGUGACCUCUUGUCCGAUCAGUGCUGGGGCCAAACCAGCCACCAUCCGGACCCUGAUACCAAAAGACCAUGGACUAAAAUGGGGGGAAAAUAUAUAAUCUUUGACUUUUUUUAAAACUCAUUUUCAUUUUUAGUUUUAGUUUCCUGCAUGCGUAUUUUUUUUAACUAAAAGGUGUGUGACUCGGUGCGGCCGUUUCUAAUUCGAAACUUCGAGGCCAAAUAUGAAAUCCUAUAUACAUUUUGGUGGAUUUACCUUUUUGUGCCUAUAGUUUUAGGAACCAAAAUCACUUGUGACUACAUGUAUCUGAGUUAGUGACUGGGCGGCCAGCCAUCAUAACUCACCACGUUUUCUUUGUGUUUGCAUCAUUAUGUCUAGAACCAUUGCAUUUUUUUGAAAAAAUAUUCUUUAUUACUUAAAAUUUGUUUUUGGACUUCCACCAAUUCGGUAGUAGAAUUUAUUAUCUGGCAACAUUGUGGGGAAAAAACCUGGAAAUGCAAGGUGGAUUUCUUCCAAAAUCUAUUAAAUUUUUUCCUCGUUUCUUUUUUUUAUCAAACUGAAAGCAGUUUGAUACAAAUGUAAUUAACACCUUACAAAUCUGCAGCAAUCGCUCGGUUUAUAUACUCAUUGUUAUGCAUAUGAGUCCAUCCUAAGAAGAUGCUGCAUCUUUCUAGUUCGAUUUUACACACACUGAAAAUAAAACAAGACACUUUGAGAGUGCGGCUAUUUGGAAAAUAAACCCAUUGCCAAUAUUUCAUGAGGAGUCAUUUCGACAGGGCCCCAUGUGCGGCAUACUGCCAGGCAGAGAGAGAGAAGCGUUGCAGGUUCAUCUGGAGGUCAGCCACAGCACCAAGAUAAAUCUGCAUCCUCUCAGAGCCACCAGCAGAGCUCGCUUUAGGCCAAGUUCACUGUCACCCUGCAGUAUGGAGAGAGGGAAACUACUCACACAUCCAUGGUACCGAGCACACACACGCCUUCACGUUAAUGACAAGUUUGCUUGGCGUUGCCUAAGCAUAAUGCGUUAAAAAUGAAUUUACCGAGGGACACAGAGCCUGUGGUAACAUCCUGCACUGGAGGAGAAACUGGAGAGAGGGGAGUUUAACUUUACGCGUUGCCUCCAACAAAGACUUUUGGCUGCUUUUAUUUUCUCUAUAAGCUAAUGAAUGAUUUGCAUAUUUUACAGCCCUAUUAGUCUUGAGUGGGAGCCUAUUGGAUUUAUCUUUUCACUCCCUCGUUGGAAACAUCAUAACGCUACAAUCGCAUUUUAGGUAUUGUGCUGGCAUCUCCUCUAAUUAUGAAAAUUGUGAAAAUGAUCAUCGUGAUGGCAAGAGAUAUACACAUUCUUCAAAUACAUUUGUCGUUGAGAGGGGCAGAUAUCUCACUGGGCUGGGACAGAUGAGAGCGAGAUAGCUGCAGAAGAGGAGGAAAAAUUGGGGUCAAAAGUUUACGCGCUGAACAAGUCUCCGUCAUCUGUUCACUCGGAGCUUGAUGCCAGCCUUAUAAUAGCGAUCUUGACUCUCCACACAAAAGACAGAAUAGCUUUGAAUUACAUAUGUUGCACAGUGCACUCCAGGUGAACCCUGAAAGCGCAGUGACCUCGCGUUUGGGACCGGGGGAGGGGACCCCCCACCCGUCCCCAGCAACAAGAUUGAGUGGCUGGCGUUUAUUAGGGCGGUUGAUUGGUGAAUUUCCUUUGAAUAAAUUGCAUUUGAUAUGUUUAGGGACGAGGGCAACAUUUGCAUUUUGAGGAUUGAUACUCUCGACCCGGUCACAGGGUAAUGGGAAGACCCACAGCCCCCAAAUUGAGCCCCCGGACCCCUUAAAAAACAUUUAGCCCCUCUCUUCCUGAUCCUCUGAAUAGAAGCCUUUUAAGAAAACUGAAAUGGCACAGAUGUUUCUUGUGACUCGUAGGGAAAAUACAAAAAACACAUUUUUUGUUAAUAAAUAGGUUUUACGCAUAUACGUAAUUAUUUUUGCUGGGCCUUUUUUUACCGCAUGGGGAAUGAAUGCAAUUUCUUUAAACUAAAAUGUUGAACCUUUAGAUGUUUGUAGGGAGACACCAUUACAAAUAAAUGUGAACAAAUCUAGAUUAUAACUAAACCUAAUUUACACCAGAAACUAAUACUUCAGUUAACAUUACCCAUGCUUAGGUCUCGGCAAAAGUGCAUGAAUUCUUGAACGCAACUCUACACACAAUAUUAUAACAACUUAUUUAAAAAAUAAUCCAACCAAAACUAAACACUUAUUAAACCUUGGAUCCUUUUUAUAGAAAGGCCCAAUCAUUUCGGACUUUUUCAGACAUAAACUUUUUAACUGUCAUCUGAGCAUCAAAUAAAACAAAGUUAUAUUUAGACAAUCUUAUUUCAUUUUUCAUUUAGCACAUUUGUAGACAGUCACACGCAGACACAACAUAUAUUGCACUUUAAAAAGUGUUAAAAUGCAAAAAUGUGUAAAUGAAAUUCUCAAAAUCGAGUCAUUUUUUAAUUCAUAACUUUGUUUAUUGAAUCAAUGAAGAAUGAAAGCGACCAGAUAGACGGCUAAAUACUUUCCAAAUGAAUCCACAUUUUUUGAACAGAAUGCACAAUUUCAUAUGUCUUCAAUUAUUUUUAAUUCAAACGUUGACAGUCUUAUUGUUAACUAACUCCAAAGUGCACAUGAACCUUUCAGUUUAUGUACUCUUUGGAACCAUUUUGGAAACAUUAGUUGUGUCGUCAAUCUCUGAAAUAUACUGGCACAAUACUAUCAGUUGAAACGCCCUCUUUAUUUUAUAAGAAUAAAGAAGUUGUCUAUGCACUUUCUAAAGGAAGAAGCAGCUUGUCUUUGCCUUUAUUAACGAUCAUUGUAGGCCUGAAGGUCACUGUUAUUAGUCUAAUCAAAGUUUGCAGCUGUAUAUAAAAGCUAGUGCCCAUCCUGAGUUAUUGUGAAAGCUUGUUCCGUUGCCAGUCCUUGCAGUGAAGUGGUUUAAAAGGACAAUCACAAGUGGUGCACUGUAUAAAAGAAAACAUUUGUAUUAUGAGCGUUUACCUGUAUCAAAAUAUGUCCAUAAAGCUGUGAAAGGUAUUUUCUGGCCCGAAUCAUUGCCACAUCUUGGAUGCAAAGAAGAUUUUUUAUCCCACCGUCAGGGAUCCGUAUAGACAGGAGACCUUGUGAGCACCAUCUGCAAUCUGUCACUAUUGUCUCAGCACUUCACUGAUAAUCUAAAUUUACAGUAAACUGUCAGCAUGAUGUAUAUUGCUUAAAUAGACCUUCACCUCACAGUAUAUGCUCUGAAAGGGAACACCGUGAUCUGGCUGUUAGAUUAUUAUAACCUUAAAUAAAAUCCAUAACGCACAGCUCUAACGGGUUUUAUUCACAUUAAGAGUGAAAUGGAUUUUUAAAUUUAGUGGAAAAUUGCUUAGAUAGUGUAAGCUAGUUUGCCAUCGCUUCCUUGUGCUCCAAUGGUCAAUUGGAGGAUUAUUAUCCUAUUAUAUAUUGUGCAUAGUUCGAGUGAUUUCCAGAUGCUUUAUUAUAUUGAAACACACAGCAGCAGCUUGCAGGCCUGGACUAUAACGGAGGUAUUACCUGCAGUCUUAUCUAAAAUGCUUCUUUUGUAUGGCUGAGCCGGAUUUUUGAAUCACAAUAAUAUGUUUUAAUAAAGCUAUUAAAGAAACAAAAGUAGUCCAUAUAGCAACAAGUACUACAAUGACCUGUAAAAUCAGAGUGGAUAAUAGCUGAUCUGGCCCAUAUUUAUUCAGCACCUAUAUAUAAUAGAAUGGCAGCAGACUGUAAAUUUAGAUAUGAUGUGAAGUAGUCUUACCGCUGACAUUAUGUUGACAUAUUGCCUCUCAGGUGGUCUCUCGGCCAUACAGAUACAGUAGAUGUAUGGCGGAAAGUACAUCAGCUGCCAUUUACAAUGAGUUAGGUGUGAGAAAGCCUGUAAGAUACACGAGAUAGGAGCAGCUUUGCCUUGCAGCAACAGUGUGCUAACAUGAGAGAAAAGCAAUUUUUGAGGAGGAUAAACUGAGGCAUGUCUCUCGUUGCUGUGGGAAAGUCAAUAAUUCACCUGUUUUUAAAUCUAGAGAUUCAGUGAUUUUUGAAGAAAAAAUCUGCUGUAUUUUAUUCUAAAUACAUCAGCCCAUUUGCAGCAGAUCUUGGAAGACCCCUAUUCCACCUUGUCUAACUCGUAGGGCGACGUGUGAUUUUCGGGAUAGUUUGAGGUCUUUUGCACAUGUUUUAAAAUCCUUUAGGGACCUUUCCAGGUGCUGACCUGCGCUAAGUACUCCCCCAACUCCCCAGAGCUGAACAGACCAUGCAAAACUGAAGUCCAAGUCCGGGGUGAACCUCAGGUCACUGCGUCUAACAUAUAUGAAAAUGUCGCCUCUUUGGAAAGGGGGCACGCCUUGUUGUUUAACAAAGACUGUCAAUGGGAAAGAUUAAUCAGAAACAAAAUGGAAACGGUGUCACUUUGGGGUCAGGCAGAAGUUAUCUCUGUUUAGAGGAGCGAAUAGAAUAGGGGGGACCAAGGAAAAAAGAAAAAAAGGAGAGAAAAGAAAGCUUUCAAUAUUUCCGAAGUUUGGCCUCUUGUUUCUCCAUGCAGAGGCCUUGUUGACGUGGACAGUGUGGAUCAGCUUUGUGAAGAGCUGCUGCAUCUUCCUGGGACACAUAUACAGUGAGGCCCCUCGGACAUGGAGAAGAAACAGGACCUGGACGUGAUGGCCGAUGGCGAGGAGCACGAAAUCCAGCCGAGUAAAUUCAGGCCAUCGCACGGUCUCCAAGACACCUUGAACUGCCUUCGGUUCACCCGAGGAGGCCAUUGGCGGAGAGGCGUCACGUGACCACGGGGUGCCAAUGUUAUUCUACAAGGGUGUCAAGACCCUGUCAGUUUCUGAAAUAAAUAUUGGGAAACGGCGAGAUGCAAAAGGCAACCUACUACGACAGCUCCGCAAUUUACAGUGGCUACCCAUAUCAAAGCGCAAAUGGCUUCAGUUAUGAUGCCAAUCAGGUCCAAUAUCCCCGGGCCUCUCAUGUGGAAAGUGAGUACCAUCGACCUGCCUGCUCCCUGCAGUCUCCUGACGGCUCCGUGGCUCUGCAGAAGCCGGGGGAGAUGGCGGAGAGCUGUGACAGGACCACAGCCAUUCAGGCGGCGCAGUCCAAGGUUCAUCCCGAAAGCAAUCAACCGCAGGUGCCAGUGUCAGGCCCGCCCCCUCCCUCAAUAUCCCCCGGUGCUAUCAGCCAAAACACAAGCAACGGGUCCAACCAGCCCAGUGCCAAGAACGGCUCCCCGACCUCUGCUACUCGCAAACAGAUCUUCCCCUGGAUGAAGGAAUCCCGUCAGAACAUCAAGCAGAAACCCAACAGUAGCUCCAGUUCAGUGGAGAGUUGCCCCGGAGACAAGAGUCCUCCGGGGUCAGCAGCAUCGAAGAGGGCCCGGACAGCUUACACCAGCGCCCAGCUAGUGGAGCUGGAGAAGGAGUUCCACUUCAACCGGUACCUCUGCAGACCCAGGAGGGUGGAGAUGGCGAACCUGCUUAACCUCACCGAGAGACAGAUCAAAAUCUGGUUCCAGAACCGCAGGAUGAAAUACAAGAAGGAUCAGAAAGGCGUCGGAAUGAUGCCUUCCCCUGGCGGACAGUCCCCUCGGAGUCCCGUGGGCCCAGGCUCCGGGGUUGGCGGUGGUGGAGGAUACCUCAACUCUAUGCAUUCUCUUGUAAACAAUGUACCUUACGAAUCCCAGUCGCCGACGUCUUACAAUAAACCUCAUCAAAAUGCAUACGGUAUGGCCACGUCAUAUCCCCCUCCUUUGAACAACUCCCUCAACAACUGCCCUCCCUCCCAGAAGCGGUAUCCCGGGAACGACUCGGCCACGCCCGAGUAUGACGCGCAUCCUCUUCAAGUCAAUGGCAACUACGGGAGUCACAUGCAGGGCAGCCCCGUGUAUGUCGGUGGAGGUUACAUCGACUCAAUGCCCAAUUCUGGGACCUCCGUUUUCGGUCUGACCCAUCUAUCGCACCCGCCGUCCACAAACAUGGACUACAAUGGAGCAAUCACAAUGGGUAACAGUCAGCAUCACCGAGUGUGUGAUCCGACACCGACGUACACAGACCUAACAGCGCACUACUCUCAGGGAAGAAUCCAGGAAGCGCCCAAACUGACGCAUCUGUAGCGGUGGCGCAGCCCGGAACACUCCGCCCAUUGUCUUAUCCACCUCCAGACACAUUACUGCUUUGUUUCUGCGCCUCCUCGCGGCGUCCACCUUCUCUCUGCUUUUGUUUAUGUUUUCUAUAGUUUGAUGUGUGAAGUAGCGUAGGGUAAAUAAUCACGACUUGCUUGAAUUUUUCUUCUAUUUGCUCGUGUCAUUGUCUCACAAAGACUGAGCUGUAGGACGUCUAGAGUGGGAGGGAGGGGGGCACAUAUAAGCAUAGGACUAUUUAAUCUUUUUUUGAAUAUUGUUUUACAAUUUAAAUGCAAACAGGGUAUUAUGAACAUAUGUUAUUCAUUUUUAAUGUGAAUUUGUUCGUCUUUUAUUUAUCCGCAGUUGAAGAAUUGUGUUUUGCAUUUUGUUGCACUUGCAAGGAUCCUUCAAACGACACGAGUUGGGAUUAUGAGGGGAAAACAUUUUCAAGAACAAGGGUCAUGAGCUUACACGCAACUUCCCUUGCUUAUGUUGCUCUAUUGGACUUUAUAAUGUUAUUUAUUUGUGUUACGAUAAAAGAGUCCUUUAGUAUUAUUUGACACCUUUGCGAUCUAUGUGUGGUGACAAGGUUGGUGCAAAGUAAGCGUCUCAACCCUUUUCCAGCCCAUACAUGUAGCGUGCAGGAACUCCACAGUAGCAGAAGCACCAUGUUGCUGUUAUAGGCUAUGUUUUUUCUUCAAGGAGGUGUUUUUAUUUUCUCAGUGAAUGUAAAAUCAAUCAGUCAUGCAAUAAGGGUGGAAAGAAGGACACACAUUAGCAAUUUCUUUUGUUGAAGAAAAAAAAACAGGCAUCAUUAAUUUCCUUUUCGAUGUCAUACAUUCCACGCUGCUCCCAGUUCGAAGAAAUAAAUAAAAUAAUUGAAAUACAAUUGCAUAAAACUUGUAGUUUUAAUUCAGACACAUUUUAAGCAUGUAUACAAUUACACACAUUUAAUUCAAGACAAUUUCUCGAUAAAACAUUUCAAAAAUACAUUUCCCAUUAUUACAUAUGGUUCCUUUUAUAUAUUUCAUGACGCUUUAUACUUGUAUUGGUGAUCACAAAAAGGGGGAAAUAAAUGGUUGCAACAUUGCCAUUAUAAAAGACAAUAACAAUAGCAUAAUAAUUCAUGGACGAACAUUUGUAGAUCUCUAUAUUUUGUAUUAUGCUUAUAAAAUAAUGUGAAAUCCGUGGCCAUAUUUAAUAUUCAAAAACAGAAAAGUAAUUGGCCUCAGAUUAAGUCAAAUAUUGAAUAAAAUAUACUCCCUUUUUUCUAUCCAUUUAUAUUCGACGUGAAGAAAACUCUCGGUGGCCUUCUCCCCUCCUCUCAUGCGCGUGGUCACAUCCAUAAUAAUACAAAUGUCACCCCGGCCCUUCUGGAGAUUCUGCAAGAAGACAACAAGCUAAAUGAGAAAUCGUUUGAAAAAUAUUUUCCUGAUGUGUUCAGUCACUCAAAUUCGGUCAGAGAGGAUACAGACUGAAGUAGAAAUCGUAAGGGGGAUUAUUUGUCUCAUAAUAUUACAGAUUUACAGAUGCCAUUGUCAAAGCCAUGCAGUUCAAAACGAAAAACCUCAGUGGUGUCGAUACAAAGCACAUUAUCGUGAAAAGCUGGAGCACGACAGUGAUUUCAUAUGUGUGCGUGUUUUGUUAAAAUGAAGGGCCUGCAUAAGAA